UCUCACUUUUUCUCACUUAGUCAAUUUCACAAUUCAACAACCACUAAACCAAAACAAUGAACAUUAAUUCCACACAAUCAUUAACCCACUCCAACCAAGCUUCCUACUUUUGCUCCUCCCCGGAAACAAGCUCCUCUCCCAACGUCCUUCACUCCGACGAGGAACUACAUGCAUUAGCGUCGGCGCGCCCCAAGAAACGUGCCGGCCGGAGAAUCUUUAAGGAGACACGGCACCCCGUCUACCGAGGGGUGCGACAGAGGAAGAACAACAAGUGGGUCUGCGAGGUGCGUGUCCCAAAUGACAAAUCCACAAGGAUUUGGCUCGGAACGUACCCAACCCCUGAGAUGGCCGCACGUGCGCACGACGUUGCCGCGCUCGCGCUCCGAGGGAAGUCCGCUUGUCUCAACUUCGCCGAUUCAGCGUGGCGGUUGCCCUUGCCGGCGUCCACAAAUGCCAAGGAGAUACGGCGAGUGGCGGCGGCGGCUGUUGUGGCGAUUGCCGCGGAAGACAGUUGCGUCGACAAAUUACAGAACGAGAAUGUGAAUGCGGUGGUUGAGUGCGAAGUUAGCAGGUGUGGUGUCGGCGUUGAUGAAGAUGACAACAGUAGGAAAGUGUUUAGGGAGUUUUGUGAUUUGGAUGAGAUAAGAAUGCCAGUCACAUUAGGAUUUGAAGACAUGCAUGAGUGGCUUCAGAACAUGGCGGAUGAGCCUCUGCGAUCGCCUUCUUUUUUAACAUAUGUUAGAGACUGUACCUGUCUUGAGGAUGAUGCUGAAGUUUCUUUGUGGACCUUCUCCUUCUGAUAUGCGCAUGCAAUUUUGCGUUUUGCUGUAUGUAGUGUGCAGUUUUCUUUCUCUUCCUUUCGAUUUUGGUUCUUGUACAUGAUCAGGAGUAUCGUUUUCUUAUAUUAAA